AUGAGUAGAGCUUUUCAAAAAUGUUUGACUUUGAAAUACCCUAUUAUUCAAGCCCCUAUGGCGGGGGUGACGACCAUUGACAUGGCUGCUAAGGCUUGUCUUGCCGGCGCCAUGGCUUCUCUGCCCUUGUCACAUUUAGACUUUAGAAGUACAAAUGGUGUUGAAUUAUUCAAAUCGACUAUCUCCCAAUUCAGAGAGUGUGUGGCAGAUGAAUCUCUGGAAAAUAAUGUUAACUUAAAUUUCUUUUGCCAUGACAUUCUCAAUGAACCGACCGACCCUCAAAUGACUAGCUGGAUUAAGUUGUAUAAAAAAACUUUGAACGUACCAAUUGAUGUAAAUGAAAUCAGUUUUAAAAAUGGGAACGUUACUUUCAAGGCUUUCGAAAGGGACAAUGCUCUUCAAGAUUUUUUCCAGUUUCUAUCAGAUGAAUGGAGACCUAAAAUCGUUAGCUUCCAUUUUGGCCAUCCAUCCAAAUCUACAAUCAAAUACUUGCAAAAAAUGGGGAUUUGCAUUUUUGCUACUGCCACAUCGGUAAAAGAGGUUCGUCUCUUGGCAAGCCUCGGGAUUAAUGGGAUUGUGUGCCAAGGUUAUGAAGCGGGGGGUCAUAGAGGCAAUUUUCUAAUAAAUGACUCUAAAGAUGAUGAAAACUUGUCCACUAUACAGUUGGUGAAAAGGACAGCUGCUGAACUUGCUGCAAUGAAGGAUAUGGGUCUUGUACAUGACAUCCCUUAUGUUAUCGCAGCGGGCGGUAUAAUGGAUGCUAAAGAUAUAUCUUACGCGUUAUCACAACAGGCAGAUGCGGUCCAACUGGGAACUGCAUUGCUCGGUUGCACUGAAUCCAAUGCAUCGGAGAACUUUUCAGGUCCAUUUGCUCAAGAGUCAACUACUAGAAUGGUUGAUAUAGUUUCUGGAAAGCCCGCUAGAACUAUACUGACUCCGUUUAUUGAAAAUCUUUUAGCGAAUUUCCGAUGUGAAGAACUUCCUCCAUAUGGCUACGCAUACAAUGCCUUCAAACAAAUAAAAAGUAAAUAUCCUGAAUUGGCUAACUUUAUUUUAGCUGGGCAAGGAUUCCAAAGUGUUCAAGCUGGUAUUACUACAGACAAAAUGAUAGCCACCUUAGGCGAAAAAAUAGCAAAGUAUUGA